AUGCCAAGCCAAAGAGGGACGUGGGACCCAAACCAUAUCUUCACCAGUGUCAAAGAUGAAACAAAACCCCCUGGGAUGAAAGAGCUAAGUUCCAAGAACAACAAAUAUAGAGGCGGGGUGCUACUCCAUCUAACACACAAGUUUUCCUAUAGAAGAGAACCAACCAGGGCCUCUGAUGAGCGAAACGACACCCCAAAUGAUAGUGUAAAAAACAAGAUUGCAGGCGUGCAUAAAAGCGCAGGUGGUAUUCUCACCCGUCCAAGAAUAGGCGCUUCCCAUGGUCGCAGCUUGCGUUGGGUCCAAAAGAAGGGUAAGUGCAAGUGGCUGUAG